AUUUCAAUAAUGCAAUAUCAUGUCUCAAAAUAUGAUGUUUUAGGAACUCUUUAAGAUGUUUUUUUGAAAAGUAAUCAUUCUUAAGAGAGUUACAAACAUCAUUAAAUUCAAGAGAAACCUCUCUCUGAAAUUAAACCUAAUCUAGAUAAAAGAACAAGUAAAACCAAAUUGGAACGGUAUUUGGAAAAGUACUCAUGUAAUAUAGAAUAAUAUUUUAGAAAGAAAAUAAUUAUAAGAGGAAAAUAAUAGUUCGAUGGUGUAAUCUUUUUAAAAUGCAAAUAUAAUAAAAGCACAACAAAAAUUAAAUGAUAGUCAAACAGCUUAUUCAAGUAAGAUGAGUUUACCAAGAGAAUACACAGAAAAUGAUGACAAAGAGCAACAUUUAAUUGGAGUGGGACUUUAACAAUACAUGUAAUAAUUAUAGUAGUCAAAACUGCAAUGUACAGGUGUAAAUCAGGAAUGCUAAACAGAAGAUUAAAAACAAUUUGUGAAUAUUUAAGGCUAAAAUUAAUUAGUUUAAGAUAAUAAUGAGUCUAACAACUCUGUGAUUGAUGAAAUUAAAUUAUUGAGUGGUAAAAAUAAUCAAGAGAAUUCAAUUUGUUAAUAGAUUCAAUUAAGUCUUUAGAUAAAGAAAGAAUAAAUAUUAAAAGAAGACUUUUUCUGUUAAUUUAAUACUGAAAUCAAACUUAAUUAAUAAAAUAAAUAAAUUUGUUAAUGUAAUAAUAAACUACCUUAAAAUGAUUUUGGAUGCUAAUAUGAUGAAUCUCUGAACCAAAUGAAUAUAAUACUUGACGAUUCAAAGAAUCUUAGAACAAGAAGUAGAUGUCUUACGUCAGGAAAUCAAAAGUAAUAAAAAAAUGAACUGAAUGGUGAUGAUUAAAUAACUUACUUAGAACAAGGUAUAAAAUUAUAAUUAUGAAAAUGCAGAAUUACAAUUAAGAGAUGAGAUGUUAGAGACAAAGACACGUAUUAUUACUGAUAUGUAAUAGCAAUUAAGUGAUUUUUAUAAAUUCUUUAAUAAGGAGAGUGAAAUAGAAUAAGAGAAUGAUUAAGAAGAUUAAAAUUCAUCUAAGGAUAGUGAAGGUUGGAAAGUUAAUGAAUUAAAUAAACAAAUAGAAAAUGAUGUUAAUAUUUAAGAUUAAUUAACAUAACUUAUGUUGAAAUAAAGUGUUGAGAUCUUAGAAUUGAAGAGAGUUCUAAAUGAAACAUCUGAAUAGAAUAGAUUAUUGAAAGAAGAGCAAGAUUAGUUAAUCAUUUAGAUAGGAUAAUACAAAUAAUAAUUAAUUGAAAUAGAAGAAAAUAAAACUAAAGAAAUUGAUAUAAUCAAUUAAGAUUAUUAAGAUAAAUUAUCAAAAUAGAAUAUGAUAAUUGAUGAAUUACAAUCUCAAAUUUGUAGCAUAUAAACUAGUCCAACUGAAAUUCCUUAGGUUUCUAUUUAAUCUACAUUAAAUCAUAUACCAGAACAACUAAUGGAUGAAGUUGCAUAUGAUUCUUAAUCUACUAAAGGCAAUAACUUAAAGGCUAAGAAUGUUCUAAAACAUAUAAAUAAAAUGACUAUUAUGACAGCUGGUUGGAUGUCUAAUAAAUAAGACUACGUUACACUUGGAGUCUUGGGAAGAAUAGAUUAGAUUAAGAGUCAAACUAAAUUAGAUUCUUUCAAAAAACUAAAUUGAUCAAACAUG